AUGCCUCCUCCCGCGGGCUUUGUGCGCCUGGAUCCCGCAGUCGCCGCCCCGCGCGCGGAGCCCCGGUCCCCCGAGGUCGCGCGUCUCGGAGCCGCCCACCUCCCGCAGCGCACCGGCCGCCGCCGAGCCCUGAGCCGCUCCCGCUCGCUCCCGGCCCGCCGUCCCCAGUCGCUGCCCACAAUGCCCGUGGACUUCACCGGCUACUGGAAGAUGCAGAGCAACGAGAAUUUCGAGGAGUACUUACGCGCGCUGGAUGUCAACGUGGCCUUGCGCAAGAUCGCCAACUUGCUCAAGCCAGACAAAGAGAUCGUGCAGGACGGUGACCACAUGAUCAUCCGCACGCUGAGCACUUUCAGGAACUACAUCAUGGACUUCGAGGUUGGGAAGGAGUUUGAAGAGGACCUGACGGGCAUAGAUGACCGCAAGUGCAUGACCACGGUGAGCUGGGAUGGAGACAAGCUUCAGUGUGUGCAGAAGGGAGAGAAGGAGGGGCGUGGCUGGACCCAGUGGAUCGAGGGUGAUGAGCUGCACCUGGAGAUGAGAGCACAGGGUGUGGUCUGCAAGCAAGUGUUCAAGAAGGUGCACUGAGGCCAACAAAGAUGACCUUGAUCUUGAGGAAUGAGUGGCUUGGGCCUGUGGUCAGGAUCCCCUCCACACAGCAUGGGACAGAAAUGUGUGACCACCCCAGCCACAUUAGUAGAGUCAGUCUCUUCGCCUUGUCUCUUUUCUUUUCUUAAAAUGAAGCUACCCCAAUAAAAAGCGAUCACUGUUUCAA